AUGGAAAAAAGAUCAGAUGCUUUGCGCUUUGAUGGCUGGCACGAUUGGGCCGCUGUUCCUGGAAACCUCGGUCUGGUUUUAACGGACCGGAUAAAUUCCGAGCACAGUUUGAAUGUGAUCUUUGGCAGGAACAACUUUGUGUUGUUCGGGAGAAGAGAAGGAGCUCAUAGACUACCUCGGUACACAGGUUUCACGGCGCUAUCUAGUCACUUCCUUACAAGGAUUGUUGCCGCUAAUGUGAAGAGGAUGAGAAGGCUUAUUAUUCCCGGAAAUCCACGGCUUGUGGCCGAACACUCACCGCCUCAUGAGAUGACACUACAGCAACUCAUCCUAUCUCAUCCGCAUCUUCGCAAUCUGAAGCUGUUGGUAUUGGAAGUUUGCCUGCUUGACUAUGUCAUGAGGACCAGGGCCGAGCUAAACUGCUUGAUGCUGGCAGAUUACCUUGACCACCUGCAUCACUUUGGCCAACACGACAGAUGGCAUGCGGCUUUCGACCACGGCAGUAGAUUUGUACUACGGGAGAUUUGCGCAUUGGUCAACAACUCUAUCUGGAAAACCAUGGUUUUGCGUAAUGCUGGAAUAUUGAAUAACAUUGGGGCAACCUUAAGCACAUCUACGAGGCACGCGAAGCUGAGGUUCGAUGCCUUCCAUGGCGGCUUGACGAAGAGCUCCCCUCUACAGGUGAUGAUCUACCACCCAUUUCUUCACCCGGAGGUGAGCUGGUCGUUCAAUUAA